AAAUGCAAUGUUUUAUCCUAACAUCCACUGUCUCCAUUCCUUCGCCAGGACAGAAGGCUACAAUGACAUCAGGCAACAUGAGCAGCGAUGAAGAGAGGAGUAUGAGAGAGUGCGAGCAGUACGUGCAGAAACACAACAUCCAGCAGCUGCUGAAGGACUGCAUCGUCCAGCUGUGCACCUCGUGGCCAGACCGGCCAAUGGCUUUCCUCAAAGAGUACUUUGACAGACUGGAAAAGGAGGAGAGCAUGCAGAUGCUGCUGCAGCAGAAGGCCUCGGGCUCCCGCUCGGACUCCCGCUCGGAGGAGGUCUCCCCCCCCAUGAACCCCGUGGUGCGGGGGCGCCGCCGCCGCGGGGCCAUCAGCGCCGUGGUGUACAACGAGGAGGACGCCGCCUCCUACGUCAGAAAGGUCAGCCCCCGCCGCCGCCGCGCCUCACCGCUGUCGGAAACGCACCAGACAUGAGCUGCGU